CUUGACGUAAUGGAAGACGCCGAAGAUCGCAUGGUGGAGAAGGUGCAAACUUUGAGCGACAUUGAGCUCGCCGUGCUGCUUUCUCUGAUCACGGAUCAUCACUGCAUCAUCGAAGCAAUACCCGAAUCCUUGGAUGAUGUGACCCAUGAAAUACGCUUAAUUGCAUCGAACACAUUCGGUCUGACAUCGGCGGUGCUGGACUGCUCAGAGGCGACGAAUCUGGACGAGUUUGGAACCGGAAUCCUCGUUGAAGAUGGAAGGGAAGAUUCUUCUAGUUCAGGCGACAAUCGUAUGAUUGCGAACAUUGUUGUCGCUAAGAAUCUGAACAAAGCUAUUCCGCUGGUCCAAGUGCAGGCGCUGGAGCUUAUGCGAGGCAAAAGAAAUUACACAAGAACUGCUGUACAUGCUGCACCGAAACCAUUCGUCUUCAUUGCGCUCAAUGCCAGCGGGUCGAUUCGCUUGUCUACUCAUCUGAAUGAUCAAUUCUGCAUAUCCCACAAACAUCUAGAAGAGCAUGGGCUUCCGAAUCUAGAAGAAUUGCAAGACACCGAGUUCGUAUCAGAAGAUGAUGCUUCGUCGUCAUCGGUUGUGCGCUCACCGCCUGUGGUAUAUCAAAAGCAGAAGAAGAACAUUCUCUUCUCUACUGAGGAUCUCCACGAGCUCAGUUCACUCAUUAACGAUGUCAAGAUUAGCUCGGAGGUGCGGGCCUAUCUCCACAAUAUCAUUGUGUUCAUGAGGCUGCACCGUGCAGUGAGAGGAGGCAUCUCCGCCAUGGCAACGCGGCAUUUCAAUACAUUGGCACGUGCCCUUGCGCCGCUUCACGGAUUGACGUAUAUAACGCCAUCUUUGGUAGCCCUCGCAGCCCGCAAGAUCUACCCUCACCGGAUCAUCAUCACAGCUCCAAGCCAUGAGCGAAGCAUGCAAUGGGGCAGUUCUUUGGAAGCUGUCAAGGCUGUCCUCGAUGGCGUUACGGUCGAAGAUGUCAUUGAAGAAGUACUUCAAUCGGUAGAAGCACCCUUGUAG